CCGUUAGCGAGUGCGGAAAAAGUGGAAUUUCGCAGGAAAAAUCACACAACGUUAAGGCGCACUAACCCCCAAAUUACUGCCCUGGGACGGAAUUCCAUUAUGUUCCCUUUCUCGUCCCUGCAAGUUGAGUAUAGCAAUUUUCAUCGUUCAUCGCAAAUCAUGUCGAACGCCCUGAGCAUGACCAACUCCGGCUUUCCGCACUCGUGGAUCGUGUCCGGGCAGGACUUUUGUCCGAUCACCUACUCGUCCAUCCAGUCCCACAACUCGGCCGUCUCGAGCAACCUGUCCACCGUCGAGCCGGGGUUGAUCGAGCUGCGGAAGGAGAAGUCCCGCGACGCGGCCCGCUCGCGGCGCGGCAAGGAGAACUACGAGUUCUACGAGCUGGCCAAGAUGCUACCGCUGCCGGCGGCCAUCACCAGCCAGCUCGACAAAGCGUCCAUCAUCCGCCUCACGAUCAGCUACCUGAAGCUGAAGGAGUUCAGCGAGAACGGGGUGCCGUCCUGGUGCAAGGAACCGAUCGGGUUCCAGAACUACAACGCGCCCCAGUACUUCAACGAGAUGUUCGAAACGCACCUCGGCACCCACAUCCUCCAGUCGCUGGACGGGUUCGCCAUCUCGACCGGUGUCGACGGUCGGUUCCUCUACAUCUCCGAAACCGUAUCGAUCUACCUCGGGCUGUCGCAGGUCGAGAUGACGGGCAGCAGCAUCUUCGACUACGUGCACAAGAACGACCACACGGAGGUGGAGCAGCAGCUGGGGGUGCGCAAGAGCGCCGACUACUCCGCGUACGGCAGCUACGGUGACGAGCCGCCCGAGAAGACGGUCCUCAAGCUGGACAAGGAUGGCGGCGGUGGUGGUGGCGGUGGAGGCGGAGGUGGCGGUGUGAAGGGUCUGCUGCCGGGCGAAGCGUACGAGGGGGACGAUCGGGCCUUCUGCAUCCGCAUGAAGUCGACCCUGACCAAGCGCGGCUGCCACUUUAAGUCGUCCGGCUACCGGGUGAUCCUGCUGCUGUGCCACCUGCGCAAGAAGGGCAGCGGGCAGCAACACGGCGGCAGCGACAAGCAGACGGUCAUCGGGAUGGUCGGCAUCGGGAUCGCGCUGCCGCCGCCCUCGCUCCACGAGAUCAAGCUCGAGUCGGACAUGUUUGUCUUUCGCACCAGCCUCGACCUGACGAUCAUCCACUGCGAAAAUAGGAUUUCCAGCUUCCUGGACUACAGCGCCGACGAGCUGAACGGGAAGAGCAUCUACAGCCUCUGCCACGGGCAGGACGCGCACAAGUUGCGGAAGAGCCACAGUGAACUGAUACAGAAGGGCCAGGUGCUGACGCCGUUCUAUCGCAUCCUCAACAAGAGCGCCGGCUACUUCUGGAUCCAGUCCUGCUGCACGAUGGUGUGCCAGACGAAGAACAUGAGCGACCAGACGGUGAUCUGCGUCAACUACAUCAUCACCAAGCCGGAGAAGGAGAACCUGAUCCUCGAUAUCUCGCAGAUUCCGGCGGCGGCGAAUGUCCUGGGCGACUACCACCACGUCGGGGGCAAGUCGGGCGUCGCGCCCAAGAAAGGCGUCGCCAUCGCCGACUACGAGCUCGACAGCAAAGGCAUCGGUGAUCUGGGUGGCGGUGGCGUCAGCCAAAGCCAUACCGGGCAUUCGCACCAGCAUCACCAGCACCAGCACCAGCACCAACAGCACCUCGCGGGGGACGGCGGAUACCUCGAUGGUGGGUCGCAGCAGGAGCACAAAGAGCUGCUGGAGAAGAGCGGCUCGUUGGGCAAACCGGGCUACGGGCAGACGACGGCGACGGUUGGCGGCCACAAAGCGCUGACCGGGCUCGUGUUCGGUGGUGGGCACGAGAAGAAGGAUCAUGAGCUCGAGUACAAGGACAAGCUGCUGGACCACCGUGAAAAGGGCUGCAGCAAUAGUAAGCACCAACGACUGAAAAGUGGCAGCCCGAUGCUGGGCCUACCGAACGAGAACGGUGCCAUCGGUGAGAAGAAGGCUUCCGGUGGCAAGAAGAGCGUUAACAACCGGGCCAGCGUUAUACGAGUGCUCGCCAAGUCCUCGAAAAAGGUGCUCCAGGAGUCGCAUUAAAUGGCGGCGCAACACCAUCGUUCCAUUUGAUUUGUUUCGUGUUUUUAAAAUUACCGGGCUUAGUACUUAGUUAAUGUGAAAUGUUUCGCUGCAAUAACAAACGCUUCCUUCCAAACGCAGGCAAUGGAAGGAACCGGUUACUUGAAAUUAAAAUUACAAAAACACACCACAGUAAACGAAUGUUACUAGGGUUAGCAGCAGCAGUGCACUAAGGAUAACCAAAUGCCAACCUAGCAGACAGUGGCACAUGUCGCGAUACAUUACAAACCAGUAUUUAUAGACCACGUCAUCGGGGUAAACGUAAUGCUUCUGAAGAAGUUAACUAAAGGUGGGAAACAAGUAUUACAAACAGUCCCUUACUCGUUGCUCUGUCUAAGGACAGACAGAACAUUC